AUGGCCACUGGAGCCGAAUUCAGGCAAGAUAUGCCUCCGAAAGGAGGAUAUCGAACAUUUAAUUGGAAUAGAACUUUCCCAAAAUUGGUUUGGAGUCGUGAGUUUUUUUUUGAAAGUUUGUUUUUUCAGCAGAAAUGAAUUUGUAUUCUUUUUAGCUGGAGCGGUUGUUGCCACAAUUUUUGGAGCUACAGCUUACGGAGUUUAUGCCGCGUUGGAAAACAAGAAAAGCGCAAUGUAAGUUGUUUCUUUUGUUUUUGAAAGAUAAUAAAUUUUGUUUUUUUUUGCAGCACAGAAAAAUUCGAAGAUGUUGAUGUAAAUAACGCGAUGCAACCAUUCUUAGUAGCUGAAAGAGAUAGAGAGUGAGUUUUUAUUCUUUUUUUCCUAUCUGUAAAAAUGUUUUCUUAAAUUUUAGCUGGCUCAAACUUUUGGCAAAAAAUCGCGCAUUGGAAGAGGAAAUUAUGAAAGAUGUUCCAGGAUGGAAAGUUGGAACAUGGUAUGGAGAACCAGUGUAUUUCACUUUAGGUGAAAAAUGGUGGGAUCCAUCAGCCACUGAGGUUCGUUUUCUUUUUCAUCGAUUUUUGUACUUAAUUUUCAAUUUAUCUUUCAGGUUUUCGCUCAUUCUUGGGGAAAUGUUGAAACUCGCGAGCAUUUGUGGCGUCAACAUUCGGAAUACGCAGGACCAAAGUUCUACGAUAACUGGAUUCCAAAAUCUGUUUCCAAAUAUUUCUGGUAG